AUGACGGCGGCCGUGUUCUUCGGCUGCGCCUUCAUUGCCUUCGGGCCGGCGCUCGCCCUCUACGUCUUCACCAUCGCCACGGACCCGCUGCGCAUCAUCUUUCUCAUCGUCGGAGCUUUCUUCUGGUUGAUAUCUUUACUGGUUUCCUCCCUUGUCUGGUUCGUGGCAAGAACCGUUACUGGCAACAGAGAUGGACCAAUAGAGAAAUACCUGCUGAUCUUUGGAGUGUUGAUCUCAGUUCUCAUCCAAGAAAUAUUUCGGUUUGCAUAUUACAAACUUUUAAAAAAAGCCAAUGAGGGUUUGAAGACAAUUAAUCCAGAUGAACCAGGGCCUUCCAUGCGCCUGCUGGCCUAUGUUUCUGGCCUGGGCUUUGGAAUCAUGAGUGGAGUAUUUUCCUUUGUGAACAUCCUGUCUGACUCCCUGGGUCCAGGCACAGUGGGCAUUCAUGGAGACUCUCCCUACUUCUUCCUGUAUUCAGCUUUCAUGACGCUGGUGAUCAUACUGCUGCACGUGUUCUGGGGCAUUGUGUUUUUUGAUGGCUGUGAGAAGAAAAACUGGCACCCCCUUCUUGCAGUUAUUCUGACCCACCUGCUGGUGUCAGCCCUGACUUUCCUUAAUCCUCAGUAUGAAAUAAGUCUGGUGUUGGCCUAUAUGAUCAUGCCGCUCAUGGGCACCUGGGCAUUCUUCGUGGCUGGAGGCAGCCGCCGAAGCCUGAAACGAUACCUACUCUGCCAAGACAAGGACUUCCUCCUCUACAGCCAGCGCUCCAGAUAG